AUGGAUGUUUACAAUGCCUUUCUCCAUGGAGACCUUGAUAAGGACAUCUAUAUGCAAUUACCUCCAGGUUAUCACAUCAAGAGUAAGCAGAUUGAGGGGGAGAACUUGGUAUGCAAAUUAAAUAAGUCUCUCUAUGGACUUAAGCAAGCAUCUAGGCAAUGGUUCUCAAAGUUUUCAAAUUCACUCGCUGUCGUUGGAUUUCAUCAAUCAAAAUCUGACUAUUCUUUGUUCACUAAGGUUAGUCCCAAUGGAUUUAUAGCAUUCUUAGUCUAUGUAGAUGACAUCAUAGUUAGAAGUGACUGUCAAGAAGAAGUUGAUUCACUCAAAUCUUACCUUUACAGCAAGUUCAGAAUUAAGGACCUUGGACCCCUCAAGUAUUUCCUAGGAUUGGAAGUUGCUAGGUCCUCACUUGGAAUUAACCUUUGUCAAAGGAAGUACACCCUCGAGAUAUUAGAAGAUUCAUGUCUACUUGGCACAAAGACAGUUUCCACACCUAUUGAACUGAACCAUAAAUUGAGCCACGCCACAGAAGAAAUCCUCCAAGAUCCUACAACUUAUAGAAGACUCAUUGGAAGGUUAAUUUACUUACCCAUCACCAGACUCAACAUCACCUAUGCUAUAAGUGUUCUAAGCCAGUUCAUGGACAAACCCUCACAAUCUCAUAUGCACUCAGCCUAUAGGAUUCUCAAGUACCUUAAAGGAUCCAUAGGUCAAGGCAUUUUCUUGUCAUCCAAAUCAGCUUUACAUCUAAGGGCCUAUAGUGAUUCUGAUUGGGCUGCCUGCCUCGAGACAAGAAGAUCUGUCACAGGGUUUUACAGACAGAUCACAGACAGAGAGAGGGAAGAACAGGAUGUGGUGAUAGUGGGAGGAGGUAUAGCAGGUUUGGCAACAGCGGUAGCUUUGAAGAGAGUAGGGGUUGGAGCGUUGGUGCUAGAGAAAUCCGAAGGGUUAAGACCGACAGGUAUGUCCUUGGGUCUUACCCCAAAUGCUUGGCUUGCCCUUCAUGCCCUCAGCGUAGGCACCAAGCUCACCGCUACUUCUACCCCCGUCACUAAGACGAAGAUAACAAAUCUUGAUACUGGAGCAAUUCAGGAGGCCUAUUUCCCGGCAAAUUCUUUCAAGGGUCAACAUGGACUUAGAGUAGUACAUCGUAAAGCCUUACUGGAAGCUCUGGCAGAAGAAGUGCCAAUUGACUCCAUCCGUUUCUCUUCUAAGCUCAAGUCCAUUGAAAACCAAACACAAGAAGGCUCAUCAUUUGCGAUCAUUCAUAUGGAGGAUGGAGCUAGCAUCAAAGCAAAGGCUCUUAUAGGGUGUGAUGGGGUACACUCGGUUGUGGCAAGUUGGUUAGGACUCAGUGCGCCAGUCAACUCCGGCCGCAGGGCAGUGCGUGGAUUGGCUGUAUUUCCCGAUGGCCAUGGAUUGAACUAUGAAUUCCAACAAUUUGUAACAAUCGGCAAACGGGCUGGUUUCGCUCCUCUCAAUGAUAAGGAGAUCUACUGGUUUCUCGUCUGCAAAUUUUCCUCAAAAGGAGAAGAUCACAUCGCACAUGACCCCGAGAUGAUAAAAAGAGAAGUUACUGACAAUCUUGCCAAGGAUUUUCCCCCAAUGUACUUGAGGGUUGUAAAGCAUUCAGAUAUCUCUACUCUUACAGGGGCUCCACUGAUGUUUAGGUUUCCAUGGGACCUUGUUGGGAAUAAGUACCUGAUAUUCGGAAACUUGACCAAAGGGAAUGUUACGGUGGCAGGUGAUGCCAUGCAUCCUAUGACACCAGACCUAGGACAAGGUGGUUGCGCAGCAUUGGAAGAUGCCGUUGUUUUAGGCAGACACAUUGGGAACUCAAUUAUCCGAAACAAAAGACUUGUUGCUGGAGAUCCGUUGGCUGGAGCCUUGGUAAGAUAUACUAAGGAGAGGAGGUGGCGUGCCGCUACCUUGAUCACGGGCUCGUAUCUAUCAGGGUGGGUACAACAAGAUGGAUCUGGAUGGUGGAUGAAAUUCUUCAGGGAUGUGAUUUUCUAUAGGCUUCUCUUCACUAGAAUAUUUAAUUUUAUACAGUAUGAUUGUGGGGAGCUGCCCUGUGUUUCAUCAAAUUAUAGUCUUGAAUUAGAGAACCGAAGUAAGACCGAGUAGACAGAAUCCCAGCUUGUUGGGCUAUUUGUCCUA